AUGGAUACUCCGGUUCCAGACAGCUUCGGCAGUGUGAGGAAAUCGUCGAGUGCAUCGAGUCUACAAGAUCCGGACGGUAACAGCAGCAACGGUUCAUUGUCUCUAUGGCCAACUUCUAAAUGGAGCAUAAACCCUGAUUUGCUUACACCUGCGGCCAUUACAAGCUCUAUCUUUGAUGGAUUACCAAAGCCUUUAACAGGUCGGAGAAACAAAACCGCGAUGGACUAA